AUGGUUACACGCAGAACCUGUCACGGAAUAAAUAAAGCAUGCAAUUGUCGGGUUAUUGCUAUUGCUAUUGCUAUUUUUGCUUCACUCGUCGCGUUAUUAUUAGUACUUCUACUCUCAGUCUCUCGACAUCCGGCGGUCCUAGUGGCGCCGAGCUUCACUCGACCCGGCGCCGAUCAUACGAACCACCGAAGCACCCAAACAACUGACGGUACCGACAUAGCAAAUCGGGGUCAGGUGUCGUGCUUGGACUUGCUCAGCAGUGCUGGCAAGCCGAUCGUGAUAGCACGUUCCAGAGCUCAGUCACCUUUUUCUAUCGCGGUGCAUGAUCAUGUAUCUGAUAUUAUGAUAAGCAAAGCCAUUGUGGAUUCUGGAUUGUGGGAUGUCCAUGUGCUCAAGGCACUGGAACACUUCGCCAGGGAUGCUUGCGUAAAGGGCGGACUAGCACUUGAUGUUGGGACUAAUCUUGGCUUUUUUUCAAUGGCACUGUUGGCCAUGGGUUGCAGUGUUAAGGGUUUUGAAAUGCAACCUCGCAUGGCAGAACUUGCUACAUUAAGUGGUUGCAUAAACGGGUAUUCAGAUCGUUUUCAACUUAAGCUUGGCGCUGUGAGCGAUAGUCACGGCGCACAUUUACAAAGAGUGGACGCAACUAGUGGCAAUCUCGGAGGAAUAGGCAUCGUGAAAGAAGGUGGUAUCUCAGUCCGUGCAUCUCGCUUAGAUAUGAUGCUCGAUCUCAAGACCGAAAUAUCGGUUAUGAAGCUUGAUGUCGAAGGCCAUGAGGACAAAGCCUUGUAUGGGAUGUCAGAGUUGUUGAAAAGGAAACUUGUUAAAUGCAUCAUUAUGGAGUUUUCUCCGAAUGUUAUGGGCGUGGAAGCUGCUGAGAAAAUGUUGCAAUACCUUCACGCUUUCGGCUUUCAAGAGAUACACGAAAUAGACCAUAUGCAACCCGAUGAAUACGACAAACCCAUUCGCAUGUCAAGAGUAGAUGUGAAACAGGACUCCUGGGCAAAAACGUUUGCUAAGAAGGUUUUUGACGGUGGCGACAGUCGCGGAGCUCAUUUCACUGAUCUGGUUCUAAAACUCUCGGCUUAA